GACGUAUUGCGAUGAUGUACUUUUGCCCGCCGCCCGCGGCCGCGGUCAAGGUCGAGGCCGAGAAGCCGCGCGUCCAAGGCGCAUGGUCCGAGCUCGAGCACAAGCGAUUCCUUAUCGGUCUUGAUCUCCACCCCAAGGGCCCAUGGAAAGCGAUCGCGUCGUUUGUCGGCACCCGCACCGCGCGCCAAACCCAAACGCACGCGCAAAAGUACCGCGAGAAGCUCUUCCGCAAGAUGCGCCUCGCGGCCUCGUCGAACGAGGCGGCGACGCCGUACGGGAUCAUGGCGCUCGUCCAGCACGAGAUUGGCUCGUUGGCGAUCGAGCCGCUGCCGUUUUGCAACGACGCCAAGGAUGAAGUGACAUGCGUCAAGACGGAAGAGAGCGUCGACGACGGCGCGUUGCCGUCGCUCGACGAGUGCGUCGCCUUUUUCUACUACACGCUUGCAUGACACGCACCAUUGCGAUGCACGACAACACAAUCUGUCUAGCGUGCAAUCCUCUUGGUGUGGUGUAGACACGUUUUGUAAAUAUGUAAUCAAAGGUUGGCUCCUAAUUGAGCCGAGGUAUA